AUGGCAGAUGUUUUAAUGAGCCGAACGAGGGAAAACGAUUUGAAGGAAACGAUUCGACAGUUUCACCACACAGCUUCCAAGCUGCGAGACAAUGCUCAACUCGCUAAACGCGGAGUUUCUCAAGAAGCCGAGCAGAAGAUCGCAGAGAUUCGAGAGCGCGAGCGACAAGCCAUUGAAUCAAUCGAGACAACGUACGUGACGAGACUCCAAAAAAUCAACUCGGCUCGACAGGCAGUAGAAUCUCUGAUGAAACAAAACAAUAAAGUCGCCGACUUUGCCGAAAACUUGGUGCAGAAAAGCUCGAGCUGUGAUAUCAUGCAAAACAAGCACAAUUUGAAACAGAGAUUUGAGGAGCUUCGAGAAAUCCAAGCUGCACAACACCAUCAGACCUCGUUCAUCAAGUUUUACCCCACUCCUGCUGUGGGCUUCAACUUGGGGACAUCGCCACCGAAAACAUAGCAGACGCAAGUUGGUCCACUCUAGAGGGACUGGAUCAAACUUUUCAGGCUGGUUUAGAGGCAAAGUUUAUUUUAUGCCCCAAAACACCUGAUGGAGAAAUAAGUAACCAGCCUGAUCUCAAACAGCAAAUUGAAGUUCUCAUACAACCAGCCAAAGAUGUCACACAAGUCACUGUUUGCAACACAGACAACGGGAGAUUCGAGGUAAAAUUUAUACCCAUAGUACCCGGUGCUUACAGCAUUGAAAUGAAGAUUAAUGGAGAUACACUCGCCAACUCUCCGUUCACUGUGGCGGUGAAGGAGCGUGAACUUAUCGUGGUCGGUGAGUUGGAUCUGGAUUUAUUAGAAGGAGAGCAGGUCGGCCAUCUAUUUGGAAUCGCGGUAAAUGCGAUAGGGAAUAUUGCGGUAACUGACAUUUGUAAAAACUGUGUUUACAUAUUCGAUAAAAAUGGUAAAUGUCUGAGAAAAAUUGGAGUUAAAGGGCAAUUUAAAGACCCAUGUGGCGUGACAUAUUUGAACGAUGACGAGAUUCUAAUUACAGACACAGUUAACAGCAGAAUACAACAAAUUAAUAUCCAGACAGGAACUGUUGUGAAAACUUUAGGAAAAGCAAGCGUAGGAAAGGUUUAUCGCCCAUUGGAUGUUUGUUUGGAUAAAGAACGUCGCAUUGUUGUAACCGAGUUUUCGAUUGGUAGCAUACAGGUGAUGUCACGUGAGGGAGAGACUAUUUCUAUCUUUGGAAACAUCGGCCCAGAAAAAUUAAAUAACCCAAAGAGCUGUUUGCCUUACAAAAACAACUUUUUCGUCUCCGAUAGCGGAGAUCAAUGCAUCAAGGCUUUCGACAAUUCCGGAACAUUCUUACACAAGUUUGGCAAACUAGGGAAUCAAGAUGGACAAUUUAACUACCCGAAUGGUUUGCUUAUCGACAGCUCCAAUAAUCUUCUGGUAUGUGAUCAGAACAAUAAUCGAGUUCAGCAGUUUUCUCUGGACGGUCGCUUCACCGGUAAAAGU